AUGUCCGGCGCCGCGCAGGGUUCAAGUACGACAGCUAAACUUGGAGAAGACGAAAAAGCAGGACGAGAACCGCAAAAAGAGCAGCAGACCCAGCAGCCUGCGUUACUAGAAGAGGACGACGAAUUUGAGGACUUUCCAGUGGAAGAUUGGACAGAAGAGGAGAGCAAAGUACCUGGAGGAAAUGCACAUCUGUGGGAGGAGAGCUGGGACGACGAUGACCAGAAUGAAGACUUCUCGAAGCAGCUCAGAGAAGAGCUGAAGAAGGUCGAGGCAGCGAAAUCAUCAUGA